CCUUUGGCUUAAGUAAAACAAAAUAAGUGAAGUCUUUUGUCUAAAUUCGUAGUUAAUAUAUAAGUAAAAGAGUUCAACAAUGACCUCCCCUCUAGAGAAUCUGGAAACACAGCUAGAAAUGUUUAUAGAGAAUGUGCGUCAGAUACGCAUCAUUGUCAGUGACUUUCAGCCGCAGGGACAGAACGUAUUAAAUCAGAAAAUCAAUAGUUUGGUUACUGGUCUGCAGGAAAUUGAUAAACUGAGGCCUCAGGUGCAGGAUGUUUAUGUGCCCUUCGAAGUAUUUGAUUACAUUGACCAGGACAAGAAUCCACAGCUCUACACGAAGGACUGCGUCGAGAAGGCGUUGGCCAAGAACGAGGAAGUGAAGGGAAAAAUUGAUGCAUAUAGAAAAUUCAAGUCCAAUUUGCUUCUCGAAUUGUACAAAACGUUUCCAAACGAGAUGAACAACUAUCGCGCCUACAGAAAGGACUCCAUUUAAGCUUUUUAUUUACAUGCAUGCACAUAAUGAUAAAUAAGUAAAAAAAAAGUAACACUAUUCGGUUUAAAUUUCAUAUUUAGAAAUUAAAGGAUAUUGUAAAAUAAAACGGACUUUUCAACUUCCUAAAA